GCAGACGCCUUGUUUUCAUUAACUUUGCAAACAAAACAGUUUUGACCAUUUUAAAAUCAUAUUUAUCAAAAUAUGAACGUGUUUAUUAAAUGUGUUGUGUGUGUUUUGUGUGUGAAAUGUGUUUUUGGCUUGAACGAAGGGGAUCCCUGCAUGGCCAACAAUGAUGCUGGCGUGUGCAAAAUAUUAGAGGAUUGCGACUACGCCGUCAAGCUGCUAACAAUUGACGAAAAGAAACCACCAAUGUGCAGAUGGAAAGGCAGUACCAGAAUCGUGUGCUGCCCCCUCGAAGACCGCUCGUACACCGUCGGGGCAUUUCGGAGCUACUUCGGGGGGUCGAACAACGGGGUACUACGGUCGCAGGACAUGACUUGCCGGUACGACGGGAGCCUGCCCAUCCUGUGCUGCCAGAACGUGCCCGAAGCCCCUCCCCCCGCGGAACCAGUUGGCUGCCCCCCCUUGCAACUGCCGCCGGGGGACAGAAACGAUAUCGCUUUUAAAAAAUGCCUAGAGUACCAGCGCUACGUGAACGUGUGUGUGUCGAGCGAUUCGAACCCGGACGCGUACGUGAGGGAAGACACGUGUGGCGUUGAGGCAUUCGGCGAUAGGAUCACUGGUGGAACGCCGGCGCAGAGAAACGAAUUCCCACACAUGGCGCUGUUAGGUUGCAGAAACACUGUUAACACCAAGCUGGGACCCGUGGUGUGGGUGGCCGGAGGGACCCUUAUUAGUGACAAGUUCAUCUUGACCGCGGGACAUGUACUCUCACACAUAGAAUAUGGCCUCCUCCGCUACGCGCUGCUCGGAGCAACCAACAAGUCGGAAGCCCGGGAUGGUCUAGUGUUCAACAUCAUUAGGUUCAUACCACACAAACUAUAUCAGAAGAAUGAGAAGCAACAUGACAUCGCCCUGCUAGAACUUGAUAGAAGGGUAGAGUUCUCAGAGUUCAUUCGGCCCGCGUGUCUACCUUCCCCAGCUAUACCUAUAACUACGGACAGGAUCCUAGCUGGAUGGGGAAAGACCGGAGAACAGGCUAGCGAGUCACAAGUACUUAUGAAGGUGACGGUUCCCGAAUAUGACUACGAAUCUUACUGCAAGCCAUUCUUCUCGCAAACAGCAGAUCAUUUAUUUGACAAGGAAACCAUGUUGUGUGCUGCAGGCGGUAAAGAUGACAAUAAAGACUCUUGUCAGGGGGACAGCGGCGGGCCUAUGAUGGCUUAUGCCCGCGACAUAAACUGCUCGUACGUGGUGCGCGGUAUAGUGUCGUUCGGGCCCCGCUGCGGUGCCGGCGUACCUGGGGUUUACACUAAUGUGCAGUAUUACAUGGCGUGGAUACAAAGUGUCGUGUGGCCGAAAUAACUUCCAGUGUCGCGUAAAUAGU